AUGUCCGAAGAGCUGUUUCGGUUGUGCUUGAUUCGUCCGCCGCUAAGACCUAACCCACGCUAUGCACCUAUUCCACUGGCCCAAGACAGCGACUUUCAGGUCAAGCUCGGCAGCGCUGUGAGUAGCAAUCCUAACGAUCCGCGGCAAGGCCUGGAGAAUGCGGCAAAUCAGUAUGUGGCGUCCGCCGAGUUCGCUGGCAUCAAUGCUGUUGAUGCGAAUGACGUAUCGCUGGAAAAAGCGUCGAAAGCUAUCAGUGAUUUGAUCGAAGGCAAGCGAGCUGCUACAACCUCGGGACCUGCAGGGACGAGUACCACUGGCGAGGUGGUGGCCGCGAAUCACGGCACGCUGACCGAGCAGAUCGAGGUUGCUCUGUCCUUACCGGAUCUUUCUGCUGUGCCAGCGUGGUUUGACCAUCUCGCGAAGAGACUCAAAGAUUCGCUUGUCGCUCUCCGAAUGCUGGGAUUUGAGUCAGAUACUGGGACGGUCGCCAUCCUCACGCUGAGACUUCGUACCAUAGAAGUUGUCCGCAAGGCCGUUGCGGACCCGAACUUUCCCCUCGAUGCGCUCGAUCUCCAGAAGUAUAGUCUCCGGCCAGUGGUGGCGCCAACCUUCGCUGAGCUCAAGUCAAUUCUCUCUACGGCAACUGCACGUCAAGAGGCUGAGCGCGCGGCCGAAGCUGCACGUGUCGCAGCGCAAGCGAAGAUCGAUAGCCUGUUCAUUCAACGACAGCGAUUCGUCAAUGCGCUGGACGAUAUCAUUCGACUUCCUAAUAGCCUGCGUACCACAAUCAAGCCCAAGCCUUUUGCACCAGUCGCACCUCCUGUGGACCUCACGCAUGUAGCGCUCGCUGCACGACAUCAGGAUCUGAUUCAAAACCUGGCUAAUUUGACGCUGAAGUCUUUUGAGAGGGGUCUGCAAUCGCCAAUCGUGGUCAGGUCCCUAGGAGAAAAUGCAGCUGCUUCGAGAGCCGAGACACACGACACAGCCCUAGCUCAAGCAUCUGCCAUUGUCAACCCUCUGGUGAAUAUGUCUAAAACUCUGUUGGACACCUUCGGCCAAGUCGCAUUUCAGCCACCACCGCCUCCCGCACUGCCAGAAACACAAGAAGUCCCAUUUAAGUUACUACCUACAGCGGUGUCUAGUCUCAGAAACGACACGCUGAGCGUCUUCAAGGAUUUGUCAAUCAGGCUGGACGAGAAGCCAGUGGAUGUCAACGUCGCAAACCUAAGAUCAGCGCUCAGAGACAACGCGCAGCAGCUGGACUUGACCUACAAGCCCUACGUCAGCAACAUUGCUAAGGUCCGUAGUGUGGGUGCCAUGCGCGUUCAAUAUCAGAAGCCUGCUGUCAGCGCCUGGUAUGGAGACUUUCUUGCCGGGCUCAAAGCACCUAUUCUGCCGGCCCCUCGUUUUCUUCUGCCACGGCUCACUGGGCGCGUCAACGUUCUGGGAGUUGCUGACCUGCUUGUGGUGAAGCAACAACUCAUUCGGUACGAGGGAGGUGAUGUUGCUUAUAUCGAGAACGUUCUCAAGGGUGAGACGAGAAGCCGUGAAGUCAAUACGUCGACGGUCGAGGAGACCGAGACCACGACAGAAUUGGAGACAACAGAGUCUCAAGAGACGGACACUACCACCGCAGAACGCUUUGAGGUGUCUCAUGAGAGCGCCAACACUAUAAAGGAAGACGCCUCAGUGAAGGCCGGAGUGACCGUAUCAGCGAGCUACGGCCCGACCGUCAGCGUGUCAGCCAAUGCAAGCUUCUCCAACGAUCGCAGCAAUACUGAAGCAACCAAAGAGGCUUCUCGGUACUCAAAAGACGUGACCGCCAAAGCUGUCGACAAGAUUACUAAGAGAAUGCUGCAAAGAAUCGUGAGAAAGAUUAGGACUGAAACCUCGACUAAGGAUCUCCACGAAUUCAAGAACACAUCAGGCCCCGACAGCAGUCACAUUGCGGGUGUAUAUCAGUGGCAGAAUAAGAUCUACGAAGCCCAGACCUGGAACUACGGCAAGCGUACCAUGCUUGACUUCAUGAUACCCGAACCCGGUGCCUUUUACCUGGACAAGCAGACUGAUCCGAACGAUGCAACGGAUACACUGGUCAUGGUCCCAUCAUUUACUGCGCUGCCAGAGUCGCUGGAUGUCAAGACUUACACGCAGUACUUAGUGCAGUACAACAGCACUGCAUCAUACGCUGCUGGGAAAGACGAGCCUCACUCGAAGGCGGACAAGAUUGUGAUCCCGGCAGGGUUCAUGGUCACAGGGAUUUCUGUUACCGCCACCGGAGUAUCACAGCUGGAUAAGAACCAGAACUGGGUCAUGGUCACUUGUGGCUCAUUCCAGUGGGGUUGGGACCCCAAGAAAGCUGUCAUUGGCACUGUGACAGUCACGACCGACUACAUCUUCUUCAAAGACAAAACCACAACCAAGAUCAUCGGCCAAGGCGCCCUCAGCGGCGUCGGCACCGCCGACGAGGCUGACAUCACGAAGGAACAAGGCGAGAUACCCUGGUCUGUGACUGCUGCUUACAUGGACAACUUCGCCGUGACCAUCGAACUCUUCCUCGACCGCACCGAUGAAGCACUCCGCAACUGGCAGAACACAACUUGGGCAAAAAUCAAAGCCGCCUCCAACAAGAUGAUCGCCGACCAGAACGCGGCCAUUGAUGCCGCGAAAUUCAACUCGGCCUUCCAAGGCCGCAAUCCGGACAAGAACGCCGCCAUCAUUCGCAAUGAGAUCAAGAAGAACUGUAUCUCUAUCAUGGCUGAUUCACACUUCGACGAGUAUGGCGCCGUCCAGCCAAGCCGUACACUGCAACAACCCGGGAAUCUACCCAUGUCGGAGAUCGAUCUGGAUAAAGCCUUCCAACAGGGCCCCUACGUGCGCUUCUUCGAGCAAGCUUUCGAAUGGCAGGAAAUGACCUGGAUUCUUUACCCCUACUUCUGGGGCCGCAAAGAUCACUGGUACCGUCGCGUUGACUACCAGGACGAGGAUCCGGAGUUUGAGAAGUUCAUCCAGGCGGGUUAUGCUCGCGCAAACGUCCCUGUGAGGCCGGGCUUCGAGGGCGCACUGGAGCAUUUCCUCGCAACGGGUAAGGUCUGGAUGGGUGGGCCGCUGCCAGGGAUUAGUUCACCGUUGUUCUUACCUAUCGCAGCGGAGAUCCAGGAGAGUCUGGGAAAGGGCGCAGAGCAGCCUACCAAGUAUGGUGAUCCGUGGGAGGUCAAGGUGCCGACGAAUCUGAUCCGGUUGAGGAGGGACGAUCUGGCACCGGAGUGGAUCAAGGAUAAGAUUACUGGUGAGUACAAGGCUGUGCCGGACAGUGCAGACUCCGCUAUGCGAGCGUCGGAGGCGCGAAAGAUUGGUGCACCGCCACUGGCGGCCACCGAGAAGCCCGCCGCAAACAACAUAGCGACUACUGGUGCAUCGCAGCCAGCAGCGACAGAGAAGACUGCCCCGCAUACUACACCGAGUAUUGGCGCCUCGCAGCCAACAGGUACUGGGGAGACCGCCACAUCAGAGACACCCAACCGUGGAACCUCACAGCCAACAAGUGGUGAGAGGAGUGGCUCGUCUAACACACUGAACACUGAUCCUGUUGUCGUUGAAGCUGAGCCGAAACCUGCAACGUAA